UGUUGUUUACACAACUUCUCAUGCGGAAGAAAACUGUCACGCACGUCACAUCCACGAGUUAUAGUUUUACGAAGUUUUAAGCGAUAAAAAAGCAGCUUUAUUUUAAUUCAACAAUGUCUUCAGUUCAAAGUAUGAGACGGUUUGUCUGUGACCGACUCACUGCGGCUGCUCAGGAAAUACUGGGAGCUUAUGAGAAGAAGAUGGAAGGCUACGAGGCAGAAAUAGCUCGUCAACGCCGACUGCUGGAUGCCGUGCUGACACCUGAGUUAAAGUUACACCGGACAGAGCUCCCACAGAGACAUGUCCAAAAGCUGGAGGAGGAUGACGAGGUUCUCGUGAUCCAGCUGCAGCACUUUGACCAGGCGACCAGCUCCAGUCAUGUACCGCCAGAUCCUCCACCUGUUAAAGCAGAACAGGAGGAACUAUGCAUCAGUCAAGAAACACAGCAGCUUGGACAACAGAAGGAGACUGAAGCCUCUAAGUCAGCUUCAACUUGUGAGCAACCUGUCAACAGUGACCCCUCUCAGCCUUCGGUUCCUCAUCAAACUGAGAGUGCAGUGAAUCAAGAUCCUCAAUCCAGCAUCUCAAGCAAAGAUAUUUUAUCUAGAUCUGACGGGGAGACUGCAGUAUCUGAACCAAGCACUGACCACCAGCUCCCCUCUCACAACUCUGCUGGGAGCCAAGAUCACGUAGCUUGUAACCAUGGAAAUGCAAAACCAAGAACACACAUCGAGUCACCACAAAAUGAAAUAAGCAAAGUCCAAAACUCAACAUCAGCUACAGGAAGUGAGGAAACAUCAGAUAGGAAAUGUGGUGAUAAGAACACAGCAGCCACCAGCAGUACUGAACUGACAACAAAUGAGGAACAUAUCAAUGACAACACAACAUCAAGUGGAAAUGAUGAGCCGAUGCCAAAAAAGAGUCCAGAUACUGGUAAAACCACGUCAGCUACCACUACACAUAGGAAAGGUAAUAAUGAGAUCACAGCCUCAAAUGAAAAGCCAACAACAAACAAGAAAGGUGAAGAUGGGAGACCAACCUCACCAGGAAAUGUUGAUACAAUGCCAAAUGCCAAUAAAUCAACCAGAGGCACUGAGCUAACACCUAAUAGGAAAAAUAAUGGUGAGUCCUCAGUAUCAGCUAAAAGUACUGAACCAACACCAAAUGAGAAAUGCAACGAUAAGACCACAACAUCAGCUACAGGCACUGAGAUAACACCAAACAAGAAAUGCAAUGAUAAUGUUGCAACAUCUAAAGGAAAAAGUAGGCCAACACCAAAUAAGAAAUUCCAAGACGAGAGACCUAGCUCACCUGGAGGUGUUGAGCCAACACCAAAUAAGAAACCAGAUAGAGGCACAGAGCUAACACCAAAUGAAAUAUCGAAUGAAAACAAACCUAAGUCAAAAGGAACUAGUGAGUCAACAGCAACAAAGAAAAGCCAAGAGGGGAGACAAACCUCUUCUGGAAGUGUUAAGCCAAAAAAGUCACAUAGCAAUGAGAAGACAACAUCAGUUACAAGUACUGACAAAACAAAACGUAAAAAAUCAACCAGAGCCGUUGAGCUCACACCAAAUAAGAAAUGUAACAAUGAGACGACAACUUCAGGUAAAAGUCCUGAUCCAAGAGCAAGCAAGAAACCCAACGAUGGGAAAACAACAUCAACUACACGUUCUAAAUCGAAAACGAAUGAGAAGCUUCCUGAUGGAUGUACAACUUUAACCACAAGCAACGAGGUUACACCAAAAAAGAGACAGAAUGAUGGGGGCUCAACAUCUAAGGGAAGUACUGACAAAACACCAAAUAAGAGACGCAAGGAUGAGAAAACAACAUCAACUACUGAGAAAACAAAAGUUAAGAAACGUAGCCAAAGAAGCACAACAUCAAAUUCUAACUCACCACCCAAUCAGGGAGAUGGGAACCAAUCAGGUGAUAGGAUCCAGGAUGAUAAUAACCCGUACAAGUGUGACAGGUGCAGUAAAGUGAUGACUAACUUCAAAAACUACAAAUUUCAUAUGAAAUCCCACACUGUUGAGAAGACUUUCAAAUGUGACACUUGUGGUUUAAUGUUCAGGGAGAGUUGGGAUUUGAAAAAACAUUUAACGAUUCACUCUGUUGAGAAGCCUUUCAAAUGCAAAGUUUGCGGAAAAAGAUUCAACCGGCAGUAUAAUCUGGACCUGCAUUCGCGUGUUCACAGCGAGGACAAGCCGUACAAAUGUGACACGUGUGACAAAAGCUUCAGGUCAGAUGUGAAUCUGAAAAAGCACUUGAGAAUUCACACAGGUGAGAAGCCUUACACCUGCAGCGAAUGCGGCAAAAGAUUUGCGGAUUCUUCGUCUUACAAAAAUCAUCUGCGAGUUCAUUCGGGGGAAAAGCCCUUUGUGUGUUCUUAUUGCAAGGUACGAUUUGCUACCACGACAACUUUGCAAAGGCACAUCAGAACACACACAGGUGAAAAGCCAUACAAGUGCGAGGUGUGUGACAAAGAGUUUGGUCACAGAACAAACCUGAAAAGACACAUGAAGUUGCAUAAUGAAGAGAAGGGCUACAAAUGCUGUACCUGUGGAGAAGCGUUCCCUACAUGGCUAAAACUCAACCAACACGAGAGGGUACACCGCAGUGAUGCACAAAGCUCCACUGCCUAAAAACAUGUCUGCAUUUGAUACAUCAAACUUAUGAUAAAAGUAAAGAUUUGCAGCCAGAGUGCAUAGUGGAAUUUUAUUUAAAAGAGUAAUCCACACAUUGAACAUUGUCGGACUUACUGUUGACAGAAUUUUUUAAAAAAAUGAUGCAGAAGAACAAGAGAUAUUGUCAUUUUAUUUCGAUACGCUUCAAAAUCUGGCUCCCACAUUACCCACGAUGCAUGCUUCAGACAGUUUGGUCAACGAUUUUUGGUAUGCUAGUAGCGGCUAAUAAUGUAGCCUUGAGUUGUAGCCACAGUCAGUGAUGAGGAACUGGCUACAGAUGUAUGGCUAUCUCUUUUUUUCUAACUCCACACCACCAAAUGUUUUUAUUAGAUUUUUAGUUUUGUCUUCAAUCAAUGCUAAGACAAUUAGUAAGACUUCAUGGAACUCCAUUUGGAUUCUUUCAUCCUGUUAUUCUUAUACUGUCUAAAAAUAAUACAUUGUUAAAUCUGUUGAGCCGCCUCUUUUAAAUAUUCCUUUGGAUAAUAAGAACCUGUUUUUAUUUUCUGCACAAACUGCUUUUAGUGUUUUAGCCUAUUUGUGAUGGGAGCUGAUGAUGGGGCAGCUUUUGUUGGUGUCUGCAGCUUUUGUUGGUGUCUGCUGCGGUUGCAUGGUGUUACAAUAACAAAAUGAUCCAGCUUGUUUGCUGGACUAUCCUUUGUUUUUUCUGAUAUUGUUUUAAUCAGAGCUAUUAUUCACUUUAUUGUCAAAUUAAGAAAGGAAACUUUGCUUUUUUGUUUUCUAAAUGCAUCAAUGUUUUGACUUUUAUCUAAUAACUUUUAAAAGUGCAUCAUAUUCCUACAAUCAACACAAUCAGCACAAUUAUACUGUAAAACAUUUAAUUUUAAAUAAAUUGUAUUGCACUGUUU